CGCCACAGGGCCUUCGACUUCUGCUCUCAUAAUAUGUCGCAAUAAGUAGGUCUCAUGGGAGGCAUGUUCUACAGACCGUUUUACGGCCGUUCCUCCCCAACGAAAUCACCAUACUGACUCUACCCCAACAGGCAUUGGCGCUACAUAUCUUCCUUUCAUGGCCCCUGGCUCCAGCUACCCCCAGAGGUCCUCGAAUCACUUGCGCAUAACAAUUACCUCUCGCCACGUCCGCAUCCCAUAGACCCUGCCGUGUUCUACGAUGUCGUCAAGAUCCGAAAGGCCGUUGACGAGGCUACGAGUCUUGCUGUUCGAGCGACCAACGGGUUAACGUCCGCAGCUGUGACCAACUCACUAAACGCAGGGAAUGGCAUGCUAGGGAACGCCGCAGCGCUGGGGAUAGGGUAUGGGGGAGGUGGGGGAAAUACAAAACUGAGUAGAGAGCGGAAACAUCGCAUGCGCGAAAUGGCAACGGCGAAAUUGAGCCAGGCCUAUCACUUGGACGAGAUUGCGGCCAGCGUCGCCACUAUGCAAUCGGCUUCUACGUUGGAAGAUGUCGCCCAUCUGGUGUUGCAGAGGAACCCCAAUGACGUAGAUGCCAAAUAUGUUCAUUUUUUCCAUGAGAAGAUACCUUCCAGGAUGAUGGCGCGAUUCACGCCGCUGGAUACUCUGAAUGAGAUAAUAUCAGAAAGGCCGCAUGACGGAUCGCCGUGGAGGACGAGAGCGUUGACGCGCAUAUUCAAAGAGGACUUUCUAAAUUCCGCGAAGGACCUGUCGGAAGGACUGGCGCUUGCUCGGUACCUCGCCGCGCAGCAUCGCGCAGGCAAAGACCAAUUAGUUCUGGCGAAGACCAUGCAGGAACAACAUGGUCGAGAUUGGAAACAGCAGGUUAAAAUACCCGAAGAAGAUCAACCAAGUUCUCUUGAAUCGCAGCUUUUGUUCCAUCGCGCCGGUGUGUAUUUCACGAUCGCUUGUCAACAUGUACAUGAUGCUUUAGAUGGACUAAGGGAAGCCAUGGAGGCGAAGGCUCGAAGAGACGCACAAACAGCUGCUGGAGAAGACCCAAUACCAAUAACGCUAGAGGAACUGAAAGAUGAUCAACGAAGGGCCGAGGCUCGAAAGCAGGUCCGGACGAAUGCAAAGCGUGCCAUCCGGGACUACGUUGGGUUCCUUUCUCACUUCGAAUACACGCCAGGAUUGUCUGCAGACGAAGCGGAAGAGUUUCUUCGCCGUGUUGGGAACUCGGCUAAUGGCUACAGAAAUCCAACACAAGGUACAGAAAAACCCUUAAACCGUCUUUUGGACUCUGCAUCAAAACCUUCCUCCCCAGUAUCAGAAGCACUGGUGCCACAUCGCAAACCCAACACCCCCUAUGGCGAUCGACCAGCGUGGCCUAAGUUGCCACCACCAGAGAUCUUUAAGUCGAGCCAGCUCUUCGACGCCUCUCCUCCCUCCUCUCUGCCUCCAUACCCACCGCAUCCAUCUACCAAUCCUGCCAGCUCCGCCAACUUAGCUGCUGCCGUCGCGCUCGCAGAGUACCACGAGCGCAUAACCUACCACCCACUCCUCACUGACGCCCUACACUCCCUCCUUCUCUGUCACUCUCUUAUUCAAACUCCACCCAAGGAGCUCCUCCGGCACGCCCACAAUGCUGCCCGUCUUGCCCGCGUCUGCGACGGCUACCCCAUCUUCCUCGCCGCUCGCUCUCCUGCCCGAGCAGACUGGAUCGAAGUCCUCCGCCGCGCAGGAAACUGGAUAGGUCUCUCCAUGUCCUGGGAAACUCUAUGUAGCCCAGCACCUCUCCCAGGCCACGCUGGCGGCAGUAGUAAAUUGCCCAGCGACGCCCUUAGCACCCCCGCCUCCUCUACUUCCUCAUCCUCCACCGCCACAACCUCAACAAAGCCUCCGCCGCCCCACCAUCAAGAAGAAACUCCCGCCCAAAAGCGCGACCGCCAGAAGCACGAAGCCAUCCUCGAAGCCCUCGCCGACGACCGGGUCGUCGACGAAGAAUCCUUCCAGCGCGCCGUCGCCGCCCGCGAGCGCCGCUUCCAAGAAGACGAAGAAGCCGCCUCUUCAUCCCCCACCGGCCCUUCACCACCCCCUACUUCCACAUCACAGCAGAAUCAAAACCCACAAGCCCCGAAGCGUUGGGCCCAAGAGGACGGCCGCGAAUACCCGAUCUCGACCGAGCGUGCGGAGGCCAUAUCACGCUGGGUGCGUGAGGCCCCCGCGCUCACAUCAGUGAACAGCGGUAUACCUGGCAAGAGGAAGAAGAGGGCAGGGAAGUCCGGGAAGAAAGCUACGAAACAAAGUAUUGGUGACGGUGGUGACGGAACGGGAUUGGAAGCUAACAUCGAGACGUUGAGUUUGGCAGACGAAGAGGUGGAGUAAGGAGGGGUUUGACGGGUAAUAGAGAGGAGUAGGGUUGGAGAGGGAUAGAUGUUUAUGAUUAUUCGGGGCACUGUUGAUGAUAUGAUAGGUUUGUGGUUUGUCGUCAGGAUUGAGAGAUACAUUCUGUUCUGGUAGAGGGUGGAUUAAAGUAGGAAGUCAAGGCAUGUACGGAUGUAUGAGUCUGGCCGGUUAGACGGACAGAUAGUCAGUC